GGGUAUGUUAAUCCCUUCCGUAUGUUAAAUUCUUUGCAUGUCUUUAUAGGAACUUUAUAAUAGCAUUGGAAUCCAAUAAAUGAUCAACCAUUUUAAUACUAUCAAAUUAGAGGGACAAACACAAAAUUAUACUAAGAAGAAAAACAACAUAAUAAUUGUUGGAUUCGUGAGUCAACUACUCGUCCCUAAGUUAGAACACAUCAGUCAUUAUUUUAGCUGCUUGUUUACGUCUCGGUCACUAAUUAUUUUUCAUUUUCAUCAUGACAUUAAUCAGGCAUCAAGGGGAAUUAGUAAAAACGAUUGUUCAAACAGUGUCGUUGAACCUGAAGAAAAAAUGCAUGGUUACAUUUGACAACUUAGUUAUGAUGGAUGAUCAUCUGAAUGAAAUGAUGAGAUUAUUAAAUGUUGGUUCAAAUGAUGUAAGGAUUGUUGGUAUCCAUGGCAUGGGUGGUAUUGGCAAAACAACUAUUGCCAAGUCCAUCUACGACAAGCUCCUCCAAGACUUCGAACAUUGUUGUAGCUUCCUUGCAGAUGUUCGGGAAAAUGUCAAACAAUACAAAGAUAAAGGUAUUGUUGAUUUGCAGAACCAGCUUCUCAAUGACACUCUUAAACCGCCCCCUCCCAUUACUAAUGUUAACGGUGGAAUCAACACUAUCAAACGUCGAUUUCUCAAUAAGAAAGUUUUCAUUGUUCUUGACGAUGUGGAUGAAAAGUCUCAAUUUGAUUGGCUUGUGGGAAAUCGUGAUUGGUUUGGUCCGGGAACUAGGAUCAUAGUUACAACUAGAAACAAGCAUGUUUUAAAUAUUCUUGAAGUGGAUGAGACUUACGAACCUCCAUUCAUGAGCCCAGACCAAUCUCUUCAACUUCUCAGCAUUCAUGCUUUUCGGAAAAAGUUUCCUCCAAUGGACUUUGUUAGUAUCUCUAGAGAGGUGGUAUCAGUUACUGCAGGGCUUCCUCUAGCUCUUGAGGUUAUAGGUUCAUUUCUAUCUGACAAGCCAAAAACAGUAUGGGAAGAUACAUCGAAAAAGUUGAAGAAAAUACCAAAUGAUGAAGUUAUGGAAAAAUUGAGAGUAAGUUAUGAUGUAUUAACCCAUGAGCAAAAACAGAUAUUUCUUGAUAUUGCAUGUUUUUUUAUUGGGAUGGAUAAAACAUAUCCAUUUUACAUGUGGGAUGACUGCCGUUAUUUUCCGGAGACAGAAAUUAAUGUCCUUUGUCUCAUGUCUCUAGUAAAACUUGAAAAUGAUAAUGUAUUGAGAAUGCAUGAUCAAGUAAGAGAUCUUGGUAGGGAAAUCAUCUGUCAAGAAGAUUUUGAUAAUCCAGAACUGCGUAACAGGUUGUGGAUUCGAAAAGAAGCCUAGGCUGUAUUUGAGGAAUGCAUGGUAAUAAUUUACAGCACUAAAUUUUUUUCAUUGAUUAAUGUUUUCUUAAGUCUCUUUCAUGUCAUCUAAUAAUACACAUGCUCUAAAUAAUAUUCAUGGUAGCAUCCACAUGGGUUCCAAUUAUGGAGCUAAGUUGUUGACCAACCUAAAUUUGCCAGCAUCAUCUAUGAUGGGCUUGGACAAUUGUCAGCUUGGAUUUAAAUUGAAAAUGGAACUCAAUUUAAAUUAUUUAAAGUUGUGAGGUGAGUAUUUAUCUAAUAAAAAAUCAAAAUCAAAAUCAAAAGUUUUAACUCAUCUCAUUCUCGUCCGACCAAAACUAUCAUUUUCUUUUUUGGGGGUUAAGAAAAGAAUUUUGAUGUUCUUGUUACUACCUAGUACACUUGGUUACAACGGAAAGUAGGCAUGUUGUACAUUUAGAUUGGUGUAGCAUUUGUAAUUAAGUUGUAGGCUACAAUGUCAUGCAUGAUCUUUCAAUUAUUUCAAGUUAUUUAGAAUUGUUAUAAAUGAAAAAAGAAUAAAAAUAAAAAAUGAAGAAGAAUUUGAAGAAGAAGAAGAAAGUAAAAAAGGAGUUCUGAAUGUUUGAAUCAAUCAACCUGAAUCUAACCCAAUCUUAACUCAAAAAAAUGACCUUUUAUAUAUAUAUAUAUAUAAAAGCAAAAAUUAUCUGUAAACACCAAUAACUGUUUCUAAGAAGUCAUUAAAAAUGGGUAUUUUUUUAAAAAAUAAGAAUAAUAAUUGAUAUCUAAUAUUAAUAUUUCCUUUUUUUAGCAUGGGGCAAAUCGUUUCUUUUAUUUGUUUACUUAUUUUUAUGGUUUUUUCAUUGACAGAUAACUGAAAAGGUCCAACUCCUAAAUCUUAAUGCUGCUGGAAAGACGUGUGACCAUGACAAAUUCGCGGAACGAUCUAAACUGCGGUAUCUCCAAAUAAAUGAAGCUGAAGUUGUUGCUGGGGAUUUCAAGCAUCGCUUGUUAAACUUAAGAUGGCUUCGUUGGCAAAAUUCCCCUUUGCAUUUUGAAGCAACCAAUUUUCAUAUGAAGAAACUAGUCAUACUUGAUCUAAGCUAUAGUACGAUCCCAGAGAACUGGAAGGGUUGGAGUCAAAUUAAGAUGGCAAGUAACUUAAAAGUGCUUGACAUUUCAUACACUAAAAUACGGGAGCUACCUGAUGAAAUUAGAAUGUUAAAGAAGCUGGAAAUUAUAGAUGCACAUCGUUCUAGAUUGAGAGGAAUUCGAAGCCUACCAACAAGCAUUCAUACCCUUGACUUAGGAAAUUGCGAUGAUCUGGAAGCACUGCCAGAGCUUCCCUCAAGUUUACAAGUUCUGCGUGUAGAGUUGCGGAGAUUGCAUGUUACCCCUAAUCUUGCAAAUCUGCUUAAUCUGCAAGUCCUGCGGUGUUAUGAGAUUGCUGACAACAUGAAUCAGAUAAUUUCCAGUGAUAUUGUUAAAUUAUCCAAAUUGCAGAGGUUGGACUUUGGAUGUAGCAACAUUAUGACCCUACCGAAAGAGAUUGAUGCCCUUUCUCAGCUCAAAUUCCUCUAUCUACGAUCAUGCUGUAAACUUCAAUGUAUAUUGGGUUUACCUCCCAAUCUGUUUGGAUUAUGUAUUGAUCGUGUUCUGUCAUUGCAAAUACUACCAGAUCUGUCAAAUCUGAAGCUCUUGUCGAAAUUGGAGCUUUAUGGGUGCCAGAAGUUGACAAAGAUUCAAGGGCUUGGGAAACUACAAUCAUUGAUGAGUUUGAGAAUAGAACAUUGCAUUAAACUGAUAGGGAUUGAAGGACUUGGAAAUCUAGAAUUGCUGGAAAGUUUGAGAAUAUAUGGUUGCGAUAAACUGACAGAAAUUCAAGGACUUGGAAAUCUAGUAUCGCUGGCAAGUUUUUGUAUGCAUUGGUGCUGCAAAAUAGUUGAACUUGAUCUGCUCGAAUGUUCGGCACCUCUAGCAUCCUCGGAGAUGAGUGAGUACAAACACCCUGAAAAUAAACUAGAUCGGUCCAACUUAAACAAGUUAAAAAGAUUUCAAGUUGCUUAUUGCAGGAAUCUCAAUAAGAUUGAAGGACUACAUAUAUUGGUAUCAUUGGAAUAUUUGAAUUUGUCGUAUUGCUCAUCCAUGAUAAGAAUGCCGAAUCUAUCAAACUUGCAAAUGUUGAGACACUUGCUGCUCCGUGAGUGCACGAACUUACGUGAGAUUGAGGGCCUUGAGGCUUUGGAAGCCUUGGAGGAACUGGACAUCAGGGGGUGCUCAUCGCUGGAAGAAGUACCGCAUCUGCCAAACACAUAUUAUUUCUGAUUAAGAUUAUGAUGAAGAUUCUGAUGAUUAUGAUGAAGAUUUCCAUUGAGCUUGGUUUGGUUCCCCUUCUUGUUCUACAGAUUGUAUGCAGUACCAUGUUUUUCCGGUGCUCAAAGUAUUCCAUCAUUGUGGCUUUCCUUUCCUUGAUUACUUGCUCAUUGUCUUUUCUUUUUGUUUAUCAAUUCAGGUUCAUAUAGGAAACUAGGUGGAGUAAUAAACAUUGGUGAAAGCAUAGUAUCAAAAGAAUACUCUUAGUAAAUGCUCUCUCAUGAGUGAACAAUAUUAGGCCUCUGGA